UCGCGGUUUCACCACAUUCUCGAGCAGUCAGUCAAAGCAGCGGACAGUAAAAAGAAGCGGACGAGCAGCGUUGCGGAUUUACAGAAUAAACAGUGGAGCUUAUAACACAUACGUCCAGCCAGCUUAUAAAGCGUCAGCAUGUCCAGUGAGGUGCAGCCGAGGCCGGACGACAGCCCCAACACCAGUGGGGGGAGUUCGGACGCCGAGCAGAGGGAGGCGGCUCCUCCGGAGCAGCCGGGCCCCGAGCAACGGGACCAGGCCCAGCCCAAAAAGAAGGAGGCCAAAAUCUCCAGUAAGACCGCUGCCAAGCUCUCCACCAGUGCCAAGAGAAUCCAGAAGGAGCUUGCAGAGAUAACCUUGGACCCACCGCCGAACUGCAGCGCCGGCCCUAAAGGAGACAACAUCUAUGAGUGGAGGUCCACCAUCCUGGGCCCUCCAGGCUCCGUGUACGAGGGGGGAGUGUUCUUCCUGGACAUCGCCUUCACACCAGACUACCCCUUCAAACCACCCAAGGUGACGUUCCGUACGAGGAUCUACCACUGCAACAUCAACAGUCAGGGCGUGAUCUGUCUGGACAUCCUGAAGGACAACUGGAGUCCUGCCCUCACCAUCUCCAAGGUCCUACUGUCCAUCUGCUCCCUGCUCACUGACUGCAACCCAGCUGACCCUCUGGUUGGAAGCAUCGCCACACAGUACCUGACCAACAGAGCUGAGCACGACAGGAUAGCCAAACAGUGGACCAAGCGCUACGCUACAUAGAGCAGCUCCACUUCUAAAGGACCCCAGCUCCUACCCCAACCAACACACACACACACACACACCUCCUCUCUUCUGGAAUCUAUGGAAGCACACCCGCCCCUGUCAUCCACCCUGCCCCGACCCCCGAGAUACGAACUGUUAUUUGUUCCAUGCUGACUUGAAAAGCUUCUUUUUUAUACAAAGAGUCUAUUGGGAUUGUAUUUUCCAAUACACUGAAUGUUGAUAUGGUCAUGAAAAGCUUUAAUACUGUUAUUGUUCUGUUGAUGUUGUUGUUCUUAUUGUUGUGGCAUUGUUUAUAACAUUGUUGCCACCCGUGUCAUUCUCUUUAUCUAAAAGCGUGCGUGACGAGUUCCUCCCGUUUCAUGUGAUGUAAAAAUGUUCAUACUGAGUGAGUGCAUUUCAUUUUGUUUGUGUUUUUUCCAGCUCAUGGUCAAUAUUAGUGCAUGGCAUCAGGAUAUGUGUUCAUGUAGUGGACAUGUAGUCCCGGUAUUUCUGUUCAGGCAGAACUGUGGCAUGGAGUGAGCCCAUCAUCAUGUAUGACAAUAGUGCUUAGUUUGCUGUACACUUAAUGCCUUGUGAGAACAUACAUACUCAUCGAAUACUCAAUAAAACACUGGCUGUCAUGUGA